CAAAUGGCCGUUGAUAUCCUUCGCAAGAGGGGGUUUUCUGUAGAUUACCGUGAUCGUUGCAUACAACGACUUUCUUGCAGUAACGCGGGACUUCAGUUAUCACCAUCAUGAAGACCUUCGACUCCAAACCCCAAGAUGAGGGCCGCGUUGAGCAGGACUUUGCCGUCGGCUCGACAUACGUUCCCGAUCUGAACGACAAGGCAAUGGAGAGGCGUGUUGUCCGGAAAAUCGAUACGUGGAUUUUACCGUUCAUUUGCAUAUCAUACCUGAUCAACUUCCUUGACCGAGUAAACUUGGGCAAUGCGCGUACACUCAACAAUGAUAUCCCGGAGAGCAACAUCGUCAAGGAACUCGGUCUUACCGGCAAUCGCUACAAUAUCGCAGUUGCAGUUUUCUUCGUACCCUACGUUAUCUUCGAAGCACCCAGCAAUUUCGCCAUGAAGUACUUUUCUCCUUCGGUAUGGAUUGGCCGCAUCAUGAUCUCGUGGGGCGUCAUCACGAUCUGUACUUCAGCUGUGUCGAGCUUCUCUGGUCUUCUUGCGGUGCGAUUCUUCCUCGGUGUCGCUGAAGCGGGUUUCUUUCCAGGUGUUGUCAUGUACUUGUGCUACUGGUACAAGCCGUCAGAACGUGCAACGCGACUCGCCAUCUUCGCUGGAUCCGUCGCCGUAGCCGGCGCAUUCAGCGGCCUUUUAGCAACGGGCAUCUCCUUCCUCAACGGCAAAGCCAACCUGGCAGGCUGGCAAUGGCUCUUCAUCCUCACCGGCAUUCCCGCGGUACUGUUCGGUAUCGUGAACGCGCUUUCGCCAUCGCCCGCAUGGGACCCUUCGCCCCCAAACAAAGAAGACAAGACUUUCAACGCCAAGAUCGCUAAACAGACACUGCUCGAUCCGUUGUUCUGGGUUUAUGCUGUCAGCUACUUCUUCAUGGUCAACAGCUUGAACAGCUUCAGUUACUUCUCGCCCACGAUCGUCGCCAACCUCGGCUUCAAGGGCUACAUCGCGCAACUUCUUACCGUUCCCCCGAACGUAUUCGGCUUGCUCAUCAUCUUGGGCAACUGCCUGCAUUCCGAUUACUCGCGGGAGCGCAUACGCCAUGCGUUGGCUGGUCUCGUCCUCGUUGGUACCGGAUACCUGCUUUUGGCACUCUUGAAGAACUGGAUCGCUCGCUAUGUCGCAGUGUUCCUGAUUGCGUGCACGAAUUCAGCCGUCAUGCCAUUCCUGGCUCACCGCACAGCCACCGUAUCUGGCUCAACAGCGACAGCGCUGGCUACUGGUGUCACGAUCGCGAUCUCGAAUUGUGGAGGUAUCAGCGCGCCAUUCCUGUUUCCAAGCACAGAUGGGCCGAAUUACCCAAUGGGCAACUGGACUGUCUUCGCCAUGCUGUGUGUCACUUUCUUGUUGACUAUCUACCUGGGCGUCCGUCUAGGCACGAGCUCCGAGUACCGCGACUUUGCCCCGGGUGCGGCUGAACAGUUGGCUGCACGCACCAGCCUGGAGGGCAAAAUCCCCGAAGAUGGCAGAGAUUCUGCGGAAUAUCCAGCAGCCGCGACAACCGCGACUGCAGAGUUGAAGUGA